CACAUGUUCGUUGCGCAGAACUGUCAAUGUGAUAAUGUCCCUGAAGGUGUUACGCAAUUGGGUAGCUUUAACGAUCAAAUGGGCAACAGUGGGUAUCCCCCUCAAGCGGUUGCUGCUCACCCCUUUCGCCAACCCACAGAGCGAAGAGGAACUACAAUGUGCGCUGUUGUGGAGCACUUCUUAAGGGCAGAUGGCGCUGCCUCGAUUCCUCAGGCGGAAACCUUUUAUACAAGCCUGAAAAGGCCUGCGACGUUGAGGGCGUGUACUGUGCUACAUAAUGUGUUACAGCUAAGGAAUGUGGCUUUACCCCCUGACGCGGUUGGUUGUUGGCCCCGACCCCUAGGCGUUUGAUCCAAACGCGGCGCCUUGCGCCAGCGUGUGAAGCGUCGCUUGUAAAAACAAGGUAGGAAACAUAACACUGAGUAAUUCUUUCAAUGUACAGCUUGUCAAAACAUUUAUUUCCUUCAACUCCUUGGCAACCUCGUUAAUAGCGUCAAUGGUGUCUCUAUGCGUCUGCGAGGAUACGGCCGCUGGAGGGCUGUGACGCACGAGGUGCAGUGGAGACGCCGGGGCUUGGCGCACUCAGCUCCUGCUCAGCCGCACCACCGACCCCGCUGGAACACUCAGCUCCUGCUCAGCCGCACCACCGACUCCGCUGGAACACUCAGCUCCUGCUCAGCCGCACCACCGACCCCGCUGGAACACUCAGCUCCUGCUCAGCCGCACCACCGACCCCGCUGGAACACUCAGCUCCUGCUCAGCCGCACCACCGACUCCGCUGGAACACUCAGCUCCUGCUCAGCCGCACCACCGACCCCGCUGGAACACUCAGCUCCUGCUCAGCCGCACCACCGACCCCGCUGGAACACUCAGCUCCUGCUCAGCCCCACCACCGACCCCGCUGGAACACUCAGUUCCUGCUCAGCCCCACCACCGACCCCGCUGGAACACUCAGCUCCUGCUCAGCCCCACCACCGACCCCGCUGGAACACUCAGCUCCUGCUCAGCCGCACCACCGACCCCGCUGGAACACUCAGCUCCUGCUCAGCCGCACCACCGACCCCGCUGGAACACUCAGCUCCUGCUCAGCCGCACCACCGACCCCGCUGGAACACUCGGAGGGAUUCCCUAUAA